AUGCAAAAAUUUGUUGGCCUGGUUCCUUUGAUAACCAGCAUCCUAGGAAUUCUUGCUACAACUGUUGAUGCUCGUUCCCAGAGACGAGAUAGUAUCGGUUACAUUUCUCUCGUUGAACGGCCUAUCAUCCAUACGCCGUCCCAUCGGGUACACGCCUUUUCACAUUUUGAUAUCACAUUCGAUCUACAUAGAAGGCAGCAGCGGGUAAAACUUACUUUAGAACCAAACCAUGACAUCUUUGCGGAAGAUGCACAGGUGCACUUCGUCGAUCAAGCCGGAAAUAUCCAGAAAUCAGAGUUAAUAAAUCGACAGAAUCAUAAAGUUUUCAAAGGCUGGUCCUGGGUUGAAUCCGGAUAUGGGAAUUGGGAGAGGGUUGGUUGGGCUCGGGUGGUCGUCAAAGAAGAUGGCCCCGACCCUCUUUUUGAAGGCGUGUUCACCAUCAUGCAUGAUCACCACCACAUCUUACUGCGGUCGAGCUAUGUCCAAACAAGGCACGAGCUUGACCCGCACUUGGACGACACUACUGCAGAAUACAUGGUAGUUUUCAGAGAUUCAGACAUUGGGCAACCAGGAGAAGACGAUGGUUUUACGAAGCGAAAUUCGGUUGCUGAGCGUUCAUGUGCAGCCGAUAAUCUGCCAUUUAACUCAGAUCUCGGUCAUCCCGUAUUUCGCGCCAUGACACGACAUGACAACGGGUUUUGGGGCUCCAUGUCAUUCGAUUCUGUCCUAGGAUUGGCUCGACGACAAUCCGACAUGCCUGGAACUGGAGGGAGUGGUGUGAACUUGAGGCUAAGCAUCGGCAGCACUGCAGGUUGCCCAUCAACCAGAAAAGUUGCUUUGAUUGGGGUUGCCGCCGAUUGCACUUAUACAGCAUCGUUCAGUUCACAGCAACGCGAUGCAUUGCAAGCAGCCAGAGAAAAUAUUAUCCAGGUCGUCAACGGUGCAUCUCAAAUUUACGAACAAACUUUUAACAUUUCCCUUGGACUUCGGAAUUUGACUGUUUUCCCUCCAGAUUGCCCUGCCACAGCCCCUUCUUCAGCUUUAUGGAAUGUUGACUGUUCUGAUAAUGGUUCCCCUGACAUCAGCAGUCGGCUCAACAUCUUUUCGGCCUGGCGUGGCCAACAACAAGAUAAUAAUGCAUUCUGGACUCUUAUGAGCAACUGCAGAACUGGGCCUGAAGUUGGGCUAGCUUGGCUUGGACAGUUGUGCAACCGUGAAGCCCAAACCAGGCGAGAUCCGAAUAACAGCGCAUCGCAGACCGUAUCUGGAGCAAACGUUGUUGCUCGCACGUCAAAUGAGUGGCAGGUACUUGCUCAUGAGGUUGGACACACGUUUGGUGCUGUCCAUGACUGCGACGGUUCACUUUGCUCGGAGUCACAGGAAGCUACAUCUCAGUGUUGCCCUCUAUCACGAAGUAGUUGCGAUGCAGGUGGCCAAUUUAUCAUGAAUCCCACCUCUGGCAGAGGGGUCACGCAAUUCUCACCGUGUUCUGUUGGGAAUAUUUGCUCUGGUUUGGGGCGAAAUAGUGUUCGGUCCGACUGUCUUUCGAAUAACCGUGGAGUGGUGACGAUUACCGGAAGCCAGUGUGGGAAUGGGAUCGUUGAAGAAGGUGAAGACUGCGACUGCGGUGGAGAAGAGGGAUGCAGAGACAAUACUUGCUGUGAUGCUCGGACAUGCAAGUUUAAAAGCAAUGCAGUCUGUGAUGAUUCAAAUGAGGACUGUUGCAGCAACUGCCAGUUUAAAUCCAGCGACAUGGUCUGCCGGGCUAGCACUGGUCCGUGUGAUCCAGAGGAAAAGUGCACUGGAAGUUCCUCCAGCUGUCCUCCCGACACAAGUAGUCCAGAUGGUGAGAAUUGCGGAGAAGGUCUCACUUGUGCUAGCGGUCAGUGCACAAGUAGAAAUCAACAAUGCCGAAGCAUGAUGGGUAACUCCCUUAGUGGUAACGAGACGAUUGCCUGCGACGAUCGGACGUGUUUACUGGCGUGUUCUUCACCACAGUUUUCUCGCAACCAAUGCUUGUCAAUCAACCAGAAUUUCCUUGACGGGACACCCUGCGCCGCUGGCGGGAGGUGUAGAAAUGGAUUGUGCGAGGGUUCCUCGUUUGGCAACGAGGUCAGGUCCUGGAUUGGCAGGAAUAGACCUCUCGUUAUUGGUCUUGCGGCUGGCAUAGGCGGCCUUAUCCUCCUGUCAGUCCUAAGCUGCAUAUUCAAACGAUGUCGGAGACCUCGACGCCGAGAGACCAUGGAUCCAAUGACCCAAGAAACCGCGCUUCUUACACCAACACCAUCAAACCCAGGAUGGAGUGGACCCACUCCGCCAGGUCAAUGGGCAUCACAACCAGCACAGCGUGGUCCUGGUGCUCGAAAUUUUAGACCCUUUGACCCAAUGUUCCCGCCACCAGCAUACCGAAGCACAAUGGCAGCAAGGGGAGGGAUGCCUUCGGUACGGUAUGCGUAA